AUAAUAGCCACUCGUAAAAUAAAAUAGAUGUUACAUGUAUCAUAUAUUUAAUUUGCGGUCUUUUUUUAAAAAAAAAAUCUAUUUGUUAUGUAGCAAAAUUCUCUUUUAAUUAUAAUCAUUAAUUUCAAUAAAUCGUAAAAUUUCAGACAUUAUCUACUUAAAAUUGAUAUUAUUAAUUAAAAAUAAAUAACACAUUUUAUAUAAUUAACUUAACUAUUUUAUACAAAAAUAAAUAUAAAACUUUUUUUUUCAAAAUUAAAACUAUAUAUGUAAAAAUGUUUCAAAGUUUAAUUGGCAGUUUGACUCCAAUCCCUAGUUUUUUUCUUGAAACAAGUGAUUAUGAAAAAAAACAAAAGAAGGUAAAGAAAAAACAAAAUCUCACGUGGGAAAGCACACAAUAAAAAAUAAAAAUUAAAAAAAAAGAAAGAGGAAAAUUAGAUGGUGAAGGAAAAACAUAAAUACAAAUAUGUACAAAAUAGUAAAUAAGCUAAAAAGAAGUGCUUCCCUCGCAUUUGACAAGUGCUCAAAUAAAACGUGAAACUGUGUUUUUUCUUCUGUUGGCUUGAGUUGAGUUGUAAAUUUUUUUCUAUAAAUUGAUCGGUAGCGAUUGCUUAGUUUUUCACGUCUCUCAAACUUUAGUUAUGGCAGCACCGCCUAUCGGCAUUCAUCAGAGACUAGCUCUGGCGAGGACCGGCGAAUUAAGGCUCGGAUCUCUAAUUUCUGUCAUUUCGACAUCUGAAAUGCGAUAUGAAGGAAUUUUAUUUGAAAUUAGUAAUUAUAGACUUGGGCUUAAGUAUGUGAAAUUCUUUGGGUCGGAAGGACGCUUGAAAUAUGGCCCUCAGAUUCCUGGAAAGGACCGAAUCUACAAUUUUAUAUACUUACGCGGAGCCAACAUAAAGGAUCUGCAGGUUAUAUCUCCUCCUUUACCUCCAACUAGAUCUGCUGUACCUGGCCAUCCUGCGAUAAUACGGCCUCGUUUUCGUCACCCAACUCCUACACAUAUGGCCUCCACAUCUCAUGGUGCAAGUGUUAGAAGCAGUGCACGACCCAUCCUCAGGCCUGGUACAUCAUUCCAGUUGAAUCAGCCCCGUCCGCGUGACCUAUCAGCAUCAACUUCAAGCUUUAGGGGCUCAUUUCUUCCUCCUCCACCUGCAAAUAUCUCUAGGCCUAGGCCUGCUUAUUGGCCAGGACUAAUUGGGUCCUCAAGAGGAGUUGCUUAUUUUCAUCCUCCGCCUUCACAGGCCCCAGUUCAACAGCAACAGAAUGUAAAUACCUCUGUAGCUGGUGGAUCCAGUUAUUAUGAACACCAACAUCCCUUGUUGUUGGGUCAUAGUACUGGCCUUUCCCAAACUACGAAUCCUUCCUUGCUAUCUGGUGGACAAGUGACAUUUUGUUCGCCACAAGUACAACAGUCAGGACAGAGGCAGACCGUAAACAUAGAAGAAAUGACUGCUAUAGCACCAGCAAUGGAGGCCCUUCCAUCAAAAAGCAGUGAAGAAACCCUGGAGAAACCCAAAACUGAAACUGGAUCUACAUCAUCUCCUCAUGAUAAAAAUCAGUCUGCUGGGGGAAGAGAUCAGAAACCCCGUGUGAUAAGAAGAUUUGUAGAGGACUUUGAUUUCGAGGGAAUGUACAAAAAGUUCAACAAGAAAGAAGUUUGGGCCAUCUUCAGCAACAGUGAUGACCAUAAGCUGCCUGUUUACCAUAAGGACGAAUUCUUCGACUAUCUUUCUUAUGGUCUACCAGAGCAUGAAUCCAUACUGACGCUCUCUCAACAAAUGAAAAUAGACAACGAGACCUUUGGAGUAGAGAUCCCAAUAGUCCAUAUUGAUCAUGGCAACAGACCACGCUCGUCUAGGACAUCUCAAGCCUCACUUGGUGGCAGAAGAUAUGGCAAUGUGCGUGGUGGUCCUGGAAAAAAAGUGUGGAGGCGUGUCUCAAAAUGAGACUUCAUGUGUCUGCUUCAGUUUAAUCUAUAACUUGUAAGGCUUGGUAAUUAUGAAGAAUGUAAUUAGUGGUAAAUGAUCAGCUGAUACCAAUAACUUCCUGAGGAAGAGAUAGACAGCUUUGCUUUUAAUUUGCUACAACUUAAUUUACAAACUUUGUUGAAUGGAUGUUUUUGUUAGUAAUGCUAAGCAGUAAAAUUUGGCCAUUUCAUGCUACAGGUUUGAAAAGUAAA